AUGGGAAUCGCAACGAGUCUGAAACUCAACCGAUUAGAGCCCGAUGACCUCUCCAUCGAACCACCUCUCUCAAACAUCUGCCGACGCGCUCCCCACAAGGUCUCCGUGCUGUCCUUCAUGGAGGACCUCUCACUCUUCGCCAUGCUGACCAUCACCGCCAACGCCCUCGCCCUCGCAAAGGACGACCUCGCUAUCAACCUCACCAUAGGCCCUCGCCUCCCACGCCCACUACGCCCUGGGGCGGCUCCGCGUUCCGGGCCGAGCGCGUGCUCAACGAGCUCGCCCACGUCGCAGCCGAGACCGUUUCGCGCCGUGCCACGGAGGCUGAGGGGGUUUAGCGCGAUAGGAAGAUCAUCAGCAGCCGUGCUGGAAGGGCGAUGUUGA